UACAGAAAACAGAUCAGACCUUGAAGAUUUACACCUUUAUGCAACUCCUCGGGAGCAACGGUUUCGUAGGUUUGCCAGUUUAGAAUUUGAAGGACAGCUAUAUAUGACUCCAUAUGACUUCAUUCAGGCUGUCACAAAUGAUGAACCCAAACGUGCUAAAAAGUGGCGAUCCCUUUCAAAGCAGGAACUGAAUCAGAUCCUUAUGGAGACACCACCAGUUUGGAAAGGAUCAUCCAAACUUUUCCGUAAUCUGAAUGAGAAAGGUGUGAUAUCUUACACAGAAUAUUUAUUCCUUUUAUGUAUUUUAACAAAGCCACAUGCAGGUUUUAGAAUCGCUUUCAACAUGUUUGAUACUGAUGGCAAUGAGAUGGUGGACAAAAAGGAAUUCUUAGUGCUACAAGAGAUUUUCAGGAAAAAAAAUGAGAAGAGAGAAAGAAAAGGAGAUGAAGAAAAACGUGCAAUGCUGCGUCUCCAACUUUAUGGAUAUCAUACUUCUACUAACAGUCGUGCUGAUGAUAUUUCAAGUUCUCUGUCAGAUACUACGCUGCUUGUACACUUUUUCGGCAAGAAAGGGAAAGCUGAACUGAACUUUGAAGAUUUUUAUAGAUUUAUGGAUAACCUACAAACUGAGGUUCUAGAGAUAGAAUUCCUUUCCUACUCUAACGGGAUGAACACCAUCAGUGAGGAGGACUUUGCCCAUAUUCUUUUGAGGUAUACGAAUGUGGAAAAUACAUCAAGUUACCUGGAAAACAUGCGCUGCAGGAUUCCUGAAGAAAAGGGUAUCACAUUUGAUGAGUUUAGAUCAUUUUUCCAAUUCUUGAACAACCUAGAAGACUUUACAAUUGCAAUGCAAAUGUAUAAUUUUGCAAGUCGUUCUAUAGGUCAAGAUGAAUUCAAACGUGCUGUGUAUGUAGCCACAGGUGUGAAGCUUUCACCACAUUUGGUGAACACAGUGUUCAAGAUUUUUGACGUUGACAGAGAUGACCAGUUGAGUUAUAAAGAAUUUAUCGGCAUUAUGAAAGACAGACUCAAUCGAGGGUUUAGGGAGACUCCAAAGUAUGGUUGGAAGGAAUAUUACUCUUGCGUGAUGACUGUAACCAGUGAACAUCUCAGAGAUCUAUGGAAGCAAUUUCGGAGACGAGAUAUGCUGAGAUAAAGGAAGAAAGAAGGAUUAUCUGCACUGGCUAGAACUAUUUAUUCCUAUGAAUUCUUAAUGAAGAACAAACUAACCCAGGUGAAUCGUGAAUCUUGCAGGUGCAGUACAAAACACAGGACUUCUUUCCCACUUAAUGUAGUGAUCAUCAACUCUUACAACUGCUUUUAAGUAUGUAUUUUAUUUAAACGCCAAACUAUCACCUGAUUGGCAGAAGUCUUUUUUUUUAACAAUACAUUUUGAAUAUUAUUUUUUAUUAUUUUGAGAGAUGUUUGUCAUUUAAAAGAAAACAAAAAUAAGUUUUAGACCUGGGUAGGCAAACGUUUUGGCAAUGAAGAGAAACUGCCCCACAUCAGCUUAGACUGUGAACUUGCUUUCAGAAGAGCACUAUUAAAAGUUUGUGCUAAAUUGGGAAUGAGAAUACACUAAGUAGCAUAACAAUGAUAUACGAGUUGAAUGUACAAAUUAAAUUCUUAGAAGCUAACAAAGCUGUUACUUUAAAAAGCGUAAAGCUGUUAUGGUUAUAAUGUGAAUGAUAGGUACUUACCUAGGAGAGGUACUGUAUGGACUAUAAUGUUCAGAUUCUCCAAGUCUUACUAUUAUGUUUAUUAUUAAUUUAUCUUUUUAAAAAAAUAAUACAGAUUUUAAGAUGUCUUAGGAGCAGUAUGUUGAAGAAAAGUCAAAAUGUUCAAAUUCACAUUAAGCAACACACACUUUGUAAUAUUUAUUGUAAAUUUUAUUGCCAUACAUAUAAAUUCACUGAUAUAUUUCUGGUAGAGUAAAACUUCAUGUGCUCCUUGUGAAUAGUGUACUUUUAUAUGAAGUCACAUGUGGCACUGAGUAGAAAUUACAGUUGUUUAAUUUGCUACUCUGGAAUGCGGUAUCUGAAAAAUAGAUAAAUAACUUGUGUUUGUGUCAAACAAAAAACCAAAACAAAACAUGAAUGCAUGCAGCAGUACAGAGCAACACUCACUAAGUAAUAUUAUUUGAAUAUUAUGCAUCAAAUAUUAGACAUAACUUAGGCCUUACAAAGUUUAUGGAGACUAUAGGCAAUCAGUAGCCACCAUGACCUUUCAUGCCCUGUAGGUUUAGAUGUUACAGAAACGGUGUUGAAUUUGGUUUUCAUAUUCUCUAAACUUUUUCUUUGCUAUUCAGUAGCAGCGUUUUUCCUUACUCCCUUUCAAGGUGAUUGUUAGGUGGUGUGAAUUAAACCCAAACAAACACGAACACAUAUUUCUUACAUCCUUCUUGAAGAGGUUCGCUGGACAUUAAAUAAAUCUGUAUCUAUUUAGGAACAAUCUGUGCCUUGAAAUAUUUCUAGUUGAAUACACACACACUAAAACUAAUGUCAAUAAAUCGUUAUCGGAAAGGCAAAUAUUUGGUGGUCUGACAACUAAAAUAGAACCAAAAUAAUGGUUUUAAAUCUUUUAUUACUCCAAAUACCUGUAGGCAAACUUCUCAAAAUUGUAUUUAGUGCACGUGUUGCUCAAAUACCAUCUUACAAUUGCAUGUGAAUAGAAAAGAUAUAUAACAUCUCUGUAAGUCCACCGAAGUUUAGAAAUGUUUAAUUUAUAAGAAGAUUCAUCUGUGCUAAAAAUCAAAACAAAAUGAAAAGGAAGAUGUUUUUUAAGAGAUUCCACUCUGGGAAUCUUAGGAAAAAAAUGUGCUAGGUGUGGCUUUUAUCUGAGAAAAAGCCAGUUCAGAAAGCUUUUGAAGGAUGCUACGUUAGUCGAUAUUUCAUGAUAAAUACUUAGCAAAUUUCCACCUUCGCGUCCUUAAACUACCGACAACAAGAAAAAUCAAAUAAAUUAGGAUAAAGGCACAAUAGAACAUGGAUAAGCUGCAAUCCCUGUGUGAUCAUUUAGGGAAUUAAUUGUAUUCAAUGUAUCGUCUUGGUACGGAGAACUGUCUCACUGCUUCUUGUCAGCAUAUGCAAAACCCAAUUUGCUACUUCAGUGAUGAAGGACAAAAAAUGGGAAGAAAGGAUAGGGAGUUAUUGAAGGGGUUCCCGUCCUUCCUCUUCAUUCACUACUGCACACUCACAGUGAUCCUCCCCGUGGAGGAAGCAGCAGCACCAUCAUCGUUUUGCUCCUCCCCUGCCCUAGGCAAUAGUGCACUUUGCUUUUAUGGCUGGCUUGAGACAAUUUUAUCAUUUUUCUAUGUAUUUCCUAACUAUAGUCACUUAAUAUAAAAUAGAAUGUGAAAGUGUCAGAUUAGUUUUUAAGAGUAUUUUUUCUCAUGUUUAAUAAUAAGUUAUUUAAUAUAAAUGUGAAUAUAUGCAUAUAAUAUUC